AUGCGUUUUCUCUUUAUCUAUAAUUUAUUGCUUCUAUUGUUCGAGAAAAUGUUAACGAACACAGCGGAAUUGUUCAGAAACGCGCCACCUACGGCAAUUUUUGCUAUUGGCGCCUUUGUGAUUCUCGCAUUUAGCCUCGUAAUCAGAGAGUUUCUGAACCCUUUAUCAAAGAUCCCGGGACCAUGGAUAGCAAAAUACACUGAUAUUUACACCACAUACCAAUUCUUGUCUGGGAAUAAACCUCGCUAUGUACACAGUCUUCAUAAAAAAUAUGGUAUCAUGGCCCCUCGCAUUUCCUGUAUCGAAUUUGAAGGAAGCACAUCUAACCCAGUUUUGCCUAUAGGCCCGGUAGUGCGAGUUGCGCCUCACGAGGUCGACAUCGCCGACAUCAGCGCUGUCAAGGAAAUCCAUCGUGUCGGUGGAAAAUACCUUAAAAGCGAGUUUUACGACAAAAUUGGACAUCGCGGCGGCAGAACACUCUUCAACCAGACCGAUCCUCAUCUCCAUGCCAUUCGUCGAAAGCUUUUGUCGGCCGGAAUGGCUCGUGCCAACAUCGUGCACCUGGAGCCGGAUGUCAUGCAACGUAUCCAAUUGACCAUGAAGCGGAUGCAAGAGGAAAACGACCAUAGCGGAGUAAUUGACGUGUUUAAGUGGUGGACUUUUAUGGCCGCGGACGUGAUUACAGAAUUGAGCUUUGGUCAAUCAUUUCAGACAACCGAGCAUGGACUGAAAACACCGCUUAUCACAACACUUCAAAAACAAUCCUUUUUCAUGGCAGUCCGAACCACCUUUCCUUCUCUGUUACCAUGGGCACAACUCUUGCCGUUGCCACUACUAAAAGAAGUUCAAGCUGGAGGUCAAAGGAUUUUCCAUCGUGCCAGCCAAGCCAUUGGCCAAUAUAAGAGAAUGGUUGACAGUGGACUGAACACUAGAAGAACGCUGUUCAGCAACCUCUUAAAGAGUGAGACCAGGGAGUUGACGGAAAUGGAAAUUAUACAAGAAGCUUGUGGCUAUAUUGCUGCUGGUAGCGAUACAACCGCCAUCACAAUGACUUAUCUUAUCUGGUCUGUGUGCAGAAACCAAUCAAUUCGGGAUAGAUUGGUGACAGAGGUUAAAGGCCUGCCAGAUGGCUUCUCGGAGGAGAGUGUGCGCGAUUUAACAUAUCUUAACCAGGUAAUAAAUGAAGCCCUACGGUUACACUCAGCAGUACCCAGCGCUUUACCUCGAAGAGUUCCACCUGAAGGCGCCACGCUUGGGGGAUAUUACAUCCCCGGCGGCACCACAGCAUCAACACAGGCAUAUACCCUUCACCGUGACCCAGUACUGUUUCCAGCUUCCGAAAGCUUUAACCCCAGCCGGUGGGAAAACCCGACCAAAGAAAUGAAAGCCGCUUUUAUGCCAUUCGGAGGAGGGACUCGAGCUUGUAUCGGUAUACACCUCGCCUGGAUGGAAUUGCUUCUUGCCACUACACUCUUCUUUAGAAAGUUCCCUGAUGCUAGAGUGUCCACCAAGGAGGGAAUGUGUGAUGAAGACAUGGGGGUGAAAGCGUACUUGCUUGUAUCCCCCAAAUCACGACGUUGCCUUAUCGAGGUGUAG